AUGGGUACCUCGAAACACUUGAGGCAUUGGCCUCCAUUGAUUUACGUUAUAGCAUUUUGCCUCAUUGCAACUAGGGUAAUUGCUGAUAAGCCUUACAUCUAUGCUUCGCCGCCACCACCAGAAGAAGACUUAUCACCAUUACCACCAAAGCAUGAAGACCGCCCACCACAUAAGCACCAUGACGAGUCAUCACCUCCGCCAUUGAAAUCUCUGACCCCACCCCCAGCCUCGUACUACUACAAGUCUCCCCCACCACCUUCUCCAUCACCUCCUCCUCCAUACAUUUACAAGUCCCCACCUCCUCCCUCAGCAUCUCCCCCACCACCCUACAUUUACAAAUCACCACCCCCACCAUCACCCUCCCCUCCUCCUCCCUACGUCUACAAAUCACCACCACCACCAUCACCUUCACCCCCUCCUCCUUAUAUCUAUAAAUCUCCACCACCACCCUCAUCAUCACCACCUCCUCCUUACAUUUAUAAAUCACCACCCCCACCAUCUCCCUCACCUCCUCCUCCUUAUGUCUACAAGUCCCCUCCUCCUCCAUCACCAUCACCACCUCCUCCCUACAUCUAUAAAUCUCCACCACCACCCUCACCUUCACCACCUCCUCCUUACAUUUAUAAAUCACCACCCCCACCAUCACCAUCACCUCCUCCUCCAUAUGUUUAUAAGUCACCACCACCACCAUCUCCAUCACCUCCUCCUCCUUACAUCUAUAAGUCACCACCUCCUCCAUCUCCUUCACCCUCACCUCCUUACGUCUACAAAUCACCACCGCCACCAUCACCUUCACCUCCUCCUCCUUACGUUUACAAAUCCCCUCCUCCACCAUCUCCAUCACCUCCUCCUCCUUAUGUCUAUAAAUCCCCACCUCCUCCGUCUCCUUCACCUCCACCUCCUUAUGUCUACAAAUCACCACCACCACCAUCACCUUCACCUCCUCCUCCUUAUAUUUACAAAUCCCCUCCUCCACCAUCCCUAUCACCUCCUCCUCCUUAUGUCUAUAAAUCUCCACCUCCACCAUCUCCAUCUCCACCUCCUCCUUAUGUCUACAAGUCCCCUCCUCCUCCAUCGCCAUCACCUCCUCCUCCCUACAUUUAUAAAUCUCCACCACCACCCUCACCAUCACCACCUCCUCCUUAUAUUUAUAAAUCACCACCACCACCAUCUCCAUCGCCUCCUCCUCCAUAUGUUUACAAGUCACCACCACCACCAUCUCCAUCGCCUCCUCCUCCAUAUGUUUACAAAUCACCACCACCACCCUCUCCAUCUCCUCCUCCUCCUUACAUUUACAAGUCACCACCUCCCCCAUCUCCAUCCCCACCUCCUCCCUAUGUUUACAAGUCACCUCCUCCUCCAUCUCCUUCACCUCCUUCUCCUUAUGUCUAUAAGUCACCACCUCCUCCAUCUCCUUCACCCCCACCUCCUUAUGUCUACAAAUCACCACCCCCACCUUCACCUUCACCUCCCCCUCCCUACAUUUAUAAAUCUCCACCACCUCCGUCUCCAUCACCUCCUCCUCCCUAUGUCUACAAGUCGCCACCUCCUCCAUCUCCUUCACCACCACCUCCUUACGUCUACAAGUCUCCACCUCCACCAUCUCCUUCACCACCCACUCCAUACUAUUACAGCUCUCCUCCACCCCCAUAUCAUCUCUAG